GUUUUUUUAUUUAUUUUAGUUUUCUCUUCUUUUAUUUCUGUUCUCUCUCUGACUUUUUUGUUUUCAGACUAACCCACCCAUGCACAUAUUGAAUCUUGUUCCUAUCUCCAUUUCUUGAAAAAAACCCCAUUUUCGUCACCAUUUCCAGAGUCACAGACACAUCUUAUUUGGACAGUUCCUUGGGGUUUCGUAUUGUUGAAUCUUUAGCUCUUAAUGCAAAAAAUCCAUCUUCGUCACCAUUUUCAGAGUCAGUCACAGACACAGAUAGACACCCAUCUCUCUUGUAUUGUUUUUAGACAGUUCCUUUGGGUUUCGUGUUCUUCAUUCUUUUGCUCUUAUUGCUCUGUUCUUGAGCUCUGAAAUCUCUCUCUGCUCAUGUGUCCCAAACUUGUUUCCUUUCCUUUUUUUAUUAUUUAAUUUUAUCUUUACAACCCUUUUUGUCAAGUAAUGUGUUCCUUUUCUAUCUGAGAAACCUCAUUGUGUUUUUUUUUUAUCAAAGAAAAGGUCUCCAGCUUUAAAAUAAAAUACUGUCUUUAUUCCUCUGGUUUUGCUUAGGGUUUCUCUUUACCCUCUUGAUACUGAUGCGUUUCUUGAAAAGUAACAUUUCUUCUUCUGGAGUUUGUUCUUGCCUUUGAGAAAAUUUUCCUAGAAUGCCUUUUCUUUGGGGUAUAAAGACGUGUUCUUAAGUAUCGUUUCGUUGAUUUUCAUUCUAGGUUUUAAUUGCUGCUGUGACCUUAAUUUCUGUUCUGUAACAUGGGUUCCGCUUCCAAAUUUAACCCCAAUGUUGAAUUUCAGGAAUACCUAUUUCACCAUUUUCAGCCAAUUAUGCUUUGUGUCUCCUAGGCAUUUUCUCAAACAUUUUGGCUGCACUUAAAUUGCUCCUGUUCUGAAGAAAAAUUUCAGCACUUUCUUCGUCUACUGCCUGAACGAGAACAUGGGUUGUAUCCAUGGAAAGUGUUGCAGUCGCUACCCUUCAUCUUCUAACGACGAUCCUAGAGACUUCACGGAAGCUGAUCCGUACGGUGCUCAGAGAAAACACAUGCUCGCACAGAGAUCAUUAGAGACUGUUCUUGUUCCUUCUCAUAACUUCCAUUUAGAGUACUCUGCUCUCACUCAACGAGGUUACUACCCAGACUCACUUGAUAAAGAAAACCAAGACUGUUACUCCAUCAAAACGCAGCUUCAAGGUGAUCCAAAUGUCCAUUUCUUUAGUGUAUUUGAUGGGCACGGUCAAUUUGGUGCUCAGUGCUCCAAUUUCGUCAAGGACAAGGUAGUCGAAUUACUAUCAGACGAUCCCGCAUUGCUAGAUGAUCCUGAAAAAGCUUUCAAUUCGGCUUUUGAAACGACCAACAACGAGUUACACAACAACAGCGAUAUAGACGAUUCAAUGAGCGGUACCACGGCGAUCACCGUGCUUGUCAUCGGCGACACCCUUUUCGUCGCCAAUGUGGGUGAUUCGAGAGCUGUUAUCGCUGUUAAAGACGGGAAUCAAAUUAUUGCGGAGGACUUGUCUUAUGAUCAGACUCCAUUUAGGAGAGACGAGUAUGAAAGAGUGAAGCUCUGUGGAGCGAGGGUUCUGAGUGUUGACCAAGUGGAAGGGCUUAAGGAUCCUGAUAUUCAGAGUUGGGGAAAUGAAGAGAGCGAAGGCGGUGAUCCGCCGAGGCUGUGGGUUCAGAAUGGAAUGUAUCCCGGGACUGCGUUUACAAGGAGUGUGGGGGAUAGUACGGCGGAGAGAAUUGGUGUUGUAGCUGAUCCAGAGGUGUCAAAGGUUCAGCUAACACCAAAUCAUCUCUUCUUUAUAGUUGCAAGUGAUGGAGUGUUCGAGUUCCUUUCAAGUCAAGCUGUUGUAAACAUGGCGGCGAGAUAUACAGAUCCUCGGGAUGCUUGUGCUGCCAUUGCUGGAGAGUCUUACAAGCUAUGGUUGGAACAUGAAAGUCGGACAGAUGAUAUAACAAUCAUCAUUGUUCACAUCAAAGGCUUGAAUUCAGCAACUGGUUCUGCAGAUGGAUCAAGUGGGAUCAACGGUAGAUCUGCAUUAAGAAAAGGGAAAGGAACUUUGGAGACAUCUGCCACCACAGGGUCAGAAGUCUAUCGCUCGGUAAGAAAUGAUUUCUCAGAUCUACAAUCCUGUCAUUAUCAUGUUUCAAUGAAUCGAAGUCCAGCCAUUGUUGUUCCAUCACCGACAUGUCUAAGGCCCCUGGAAGUGUGACUCAAUUUAGAGGUGUUCAUGAAGCUGCUUCACAUCUCCUUGGACAUAUAAUUUAAGAGGAUGUGGGUUAGAAGUGCAGUUGAGUGGUGGCGAAAGCCGUUGGUUUUUCUACAUACAUAAAUACAUCUUCACUAAUCUCUAGUGCAGCGUUGCUAAUGUUACUUAUCACACGGUUUCUGGCUCUAGAUAUGGCCUUAAGGGGAACAAAAUGGUCUCCUUCAGCUGUAGCCUUUGUUCCACUAAUCUAAGUAUGAUGUAGAUGAAUGAAAUGGAAAUAAAAUUUGGAGAGCCAUAACUCAUAAGGAAGUUCUCACGGGAGGUGGUUGGAUGUUGAUGAUCCACCAUCCAUUUAGUUGUUGUAGUAGAAUGUACAAGUAAUGCUGUAUGUUUUACCACAAUAAAUUUCUGUAAGAAACGAUGUACAAAUUUCAAAACUUUGUUUGUGAUCUCUUCAUCUCCUCAUUUCUUAGAUGAAUGGUUAAGUUGAUGGAGUGUAGCCUUAAAUUUUACUUGUAUUCAUUUCCUUGACAAAUUUGCAUGAAUUAUUUCUA